UAUUUACCCGAAAAAUGUGGUUCAGAGUGUUCAGACUUUAAAUUUCUUAAAUCGUGUCAGGUGUACGAAGUACAAAAUGAGUGCAAAAAAUAGUGAUAAUGACCGUUAUAAAAAUGAAUAUUCGAGAAUAAGAAAACUGACGAGUAGAUAUGACAUACGGACUCAAUCAAAUGAAUUUGGUUUGUCAGAAGAUCAAGUUGCGGAGUUCAAAGAAGCUUUUAUGUUGUUUGAUAAAGAUCAUGAUGGACGGAUUACUGAGGCAGAACUUGGAGUGGUUAUGAGAUCUUUAGGUCAAAGGCCUACUGAAACUGAUUUGAGAGGUAUGGUAAAAGAAGUGGAUCAAGACGGCAAUGGUAGUAUUGAAUUUGAUGAAUUCCUGUUAAUGAUGGCUAGAAAACUAAAAGCGGCAGAUGGCGAGGAAGAAAUGCACCAAGCAUUCAGAGUAUUUGACAAAAAUGGYGAUGGAUUCAUAACAUUUGAUGAACUCAAACGUGUUAUGUACAGUAUCGGAGAACGACUCAUAGAUGAAGAAAUUGAGGAUAUGAUAAAAGAAGCCGAUUUAAAUGGUGACAAAAAAAUUGAUUAUAAAGAAUUUAUUACGAUAAUAAGUUCUAAGAAAUAAAACAAAUAACGGAUGUUUUACUCCAGAAUUUCUUCUGAAUUCUGCAUAAACAGCAUCAUCAGCACCAGACAUAGAACUCAUUUUACCAGA